AUGGCUUCCAUGGUAGCUGAAACUUGGGCAUACAUCAAUGGUGAAGAUGACUCCAAUGGAGUUGAAGUUUGGAAAUUCAACGAUGCCCUUCUAAUGUCUUUACUAGAAGAGCCACAUGGUGAAGAGUACAAUAAUGAACAAGUGAAUAAAGUGAUUCAAUCUCUAGAGGCCGAGAUUAAUGCGAAUAUGUUAGAAGCUGGCCGUGAUUUAGCUAUGGAGCCUGAAUUUCUCAAUGUCGGCGACAACGAGGAUGGUGAGAAUUGCUUGAGUUCAAUGGAGUUUGAAUGGGAAGAAAUGGAGCUGGUGCCAUCCUCACCAAGUGAUGACAUGAAUUGGUGCAUGGAUCAGUAUGAAAACGAGUUGGAUUUUAUGGUUGACUAUGGACAUGUCAGUGAUUAUUCUCAGAUUUAUAAUGUUGUUUCCUUUGAGGAACAAAGUUUCUGCUCUUUAUGGCAUGAAACAUAUGAUACACUAUAA